AUGACAGAGGAAAAAGUUGUAACAAUCAAAACAAUGAAAUCUUCAGGUCUAACUACAAUGGACACUUACAAUUACAUGGCUACAGAGGCUGGAGGAGAACAGAAUAUAGGCCAUAGUGUUGUAGAUCACCUGAAUUUCUGCUCAAGGUUAAGAAUGGAACAAAUUGAGGCUGGAGAUGCUCAAACUUUAGUGAACAUUUUAAGUCAGGAACAAUCAGAGGAUCCAAACUUCUUUUUUAGAGUGAAGUUUGACAAAGAAGGAAGAAUUUGCAAUAUCUUUUGGAGAGAUUCAAUGAUGCUAGAAGACUAUAGGAUAUAUGGAGAUGUUCUUAUCUUUGAUACAACAUACAGAACCAACAGAUAUAAUCUUAUAUGUGCUCCAUUUGUUGGCAUAAAUAACCACGGGCAUAAUUGUAUGUUUGCUUGUGCUUUUAUUGGGGAUGAAACGACAGAUUCAUUUGUGUGGUUACUACAAACCUUCUUCAAAGCUAUGGAGGAUAGAAAACCAACUUCAAUAUUCACUGACCAGGACCAAGCAAUGGCAAAUGCUAUACUGGAGGUGAUUCUUAAUACAAGACAUAGACUUUGUAUAUGGCAUUUGGAGCAAAAUGCCAUAACCAGAUUUGGAGCUCUUAAAAAAGACAAAGAAUUCAAAUUUGCAUUCAACCAGUGCUUAAAGAUGUGUGUGACAGAACAAGAAUUCGAAGCAAAGUGGCAAGCAAUGUUGCAAAAAUAUGAGUUGACAGAUUACUCUUGGUACAAAAGAGUGUAUGAGUUGAAAGACAAAUGGUGUCCUGCCCUUUGUAGAGAUUUCUUUUCAGUAGGGAUCUUAUCGUCACAAAGGAGUGAAAGCACUAAUCAUGCCAUAGGAUUCAGAGCAAGUAAAGCAACUACUUUGACAGAAUUUUAUACCAUAUUUAAGAAGACAACUAAUCGUUGGAGAAGCACAGAGAAAUAUGAUGAGUUUACCUGUAGCAAGUCAAUAGCAUUCACUUCAUUGCCUCUAUCUGGAAUGCUAAAGCAUGCCGCACAGGUUUUCACUUUAUCACUCUUUAGAAAUUUUGAAGAGGAGUUUGGAUACUCUAUGGCAACAACUGUUCAGAUGUUAGGCAGUAAUGAAGAAUGCCUACUUUAUCAAGUAACACUAGAAGACAAGCCAUGGUCUGCACAUCAAGUAAACUAUAUACAAGAGAGCCAAACUGUAUGGUGUACUUGCAAAAACUUUGAAGCAUCUGGAUGGUUAUGUUAUCAUUGCAUCAGAAUUCUACAUUUGCAUUCAGUAACAAGAAUACCAGACAAGUAUGUUUCAAAAAGAUGGACUAAGUUUGCAAAAAUAGAGGCAUGGGAUAGGUUGAAGAAUCAGGAUCCUAAACAGCAAUAUAUUCCAUGGAGGCAAACAAUGAUGAGGAAAUAA